GUCCCGUUUGUCGCUUCUGGGGGAUCGCGACGCUUCCUCAGGCCUUCCAGGCCCUAGCUUCGUGUCGGGUUCAACAAUGUCCCCAAAUGGCCAAGAACCGUUACUUGUGAAGUUUUUAAAGUGUUCAAACAAUUCAGAAUGUUUUUUUAAAGCUCUUGAGUCAAUGAAAGAAUUCCAAUCAAAAGAAUAUCUUCAGAUUAUUACAGAAGAAGAAGCAUUGAAAAUAAAGGAGAAUGAUAAAUCUCUUUAUAUCUGUGACCCUUUUAGUGGUGCUGUCUUUGAUCACCUUAAAAAGCUCAGCUGCAGAAUUGUUGGUCCCCAAGUAGUCUUAUUUUGUAUGCAUUACCAGCAAUGUGUCCCAAGAGCUGAACAUCCAGUUUAUAAUAUGGUUAUGUCUAAUGUAACUGUAUCUUGUACAAGCCUGGAUAAAGAGAAGAGGGAAGAAGUUCAUAAGUAUGUACAAAUGAUGGGUGGACGAGUAUUCAGAGAUCUUAAUGUAUCAGUAACUCACCUUGUUGCAGGAGAAGUUGGUAGCAAAAAAUACUUAGUUGCUGCAAAUCUGAAGAAACCUAUUUUGCUCUCUUCUUGGAUACAAACACUUUGGGAGAAGUCACAAGAGAACAAAAUAACUAAAUAUACCGAUAUAAACAUGGAAGAUUUCAGAUGUCCUGUUUUUCUUGGCUGUGUAAUCUGUGUGACUGGUUUGUGUGCCUUGGACAGGAAGGCAGUUCAGCAGCUCACAGUUAAGCAUGGAGGCCAGUACAUGGGACAGUUGAAAAUGAAUGAAUGUACACACCUGAUUGUGCAGGAACCAAAAGGUCAGAAAUAUGAAUGUGCCAAGAGAUGGAAUGUACACUGUGUGACCACACAGUGGUUUUUUGAUAGUAUUGAGAAAGGCUUUUGUCAAGAUGAGUCUAUAUACAAGGCACAGCCUAGACCAGAAGCAAAGACUCUGCCUGAUACUUCAACUCCCACUGGUCAGAUCAGCACAACUGAUAGCCGAACUCUUUCAGAUGUCAGCCACAUUUCCAACAUAAAUGGAAGUUGUAUAAAUGAAUCCAUAUGCAGUUCAAUUGUUAAUAGCAAAUUAGAACCUACACUUGAAAACCUGGAAUAUCUGGACAUCAGUGCAUUUCAAGCACCUGAAGAUUUAUUAGAUGGUUGUCGGAUAUAUCUUUGUGGUUUUAGUGGCAGAAAGCUAGAUAAACUGAGAAGGCUUAUUAACAACGGAGGUGGAGUUCGUUUUAAUCAGCUUAAUGAAGAUGUAACUCAUGUUAUUGUGGGAGAUUAUGAUGAUGAAUUGAAGCAGUUUUGGAAUAAAUCAGCACACAGGCCUCAUGUGGUGGGAGCAAAAUGGUUGCUGGAAUGUUUUAGUAAAGGUUACAUGCUUCCUGAAGAAAUGUAUAUCCACGCUAGCUACAAGCCAGUAGAAAUUCCAGUUUCAGAUCAACCUGAGAGUAAAACAGCUCUUUGCAAAAAGAACAGCAGCUUCUUUAAGAAAGACUUUGCUUCUAGUGAAAUGCAUGAACAGGCUGAUGAGGAUCUGCUUUCUCAAUAUGUAAACAAUAAUUCCACAGUAGUGGAAGCUAACAAGUCUGAAGCUGCAGAGUCUGAAGUUGGGCCCUGUAAUGGCUCUACUCGUGUUGGGCCCUUUAAUGAUUCUACUCACAUUUCUCUACAAGAAGGAAACCAGUCUUCUGUCAGUCAUUGCCUCCCUGAUGUUUCUACAAUUACUGAAGAAGGCUUAUUUAGCCAAAAGAGUUUCCUUAUUUUGGGUUUUAGUAAUGAAAAUGAAUGUAACAUUGCAAACAUCAUAAGAGAAUAUGCGGGAAAGAUUGUAUCCCUUCCGAGCAGAGUUGUUGCAGAUUAUGCUGUAGUUCCCUUGCUGGGAUGUGAAGUAGAGGCAACGGUUGGAGAGGUUGUUACAAAUACGUGGCUGGUUACUUGUAUAGACUAUCAGACUUUAAUUGAUCCAAAGUCAAAUCCUCUCUUCACACCAAUCCCAGUAAUGACAGGAGUGACUCCUUUAGAGGAUUGUGUUAUUUCCUUCAGCCAGUGUGUUGGAGCAGAAAAAGAUUCUCUGAUAUUCUUGGCAAGUUACCUUGGAGCAAGUGUUCAAGAAUACUUCGUUCGCAAAUCCAAUGCAAAGAAAGGCAUGCUUGCCAGUACACAUCUUAUAUUGAAAGAACCAGUUGGUUCCAAAUAUGAAGCUGCAAAGAAGUGGAAUUUACCAGCAGUCACUAUAGCUUGGCUGCUGGAGACUGCUAGAAUGGGAGAGAGAGCAGAUGAAAGCCAUUUUCUGAUUGAAAAUUUACCCACAGAACAAAGAUUGGAAACCAAACCAACAAAUAGCGAGACUCUAAAUCUGGAUACUUUAGCACAUCCUGGCAAACAUGUGGAAUCUCUCAGAAAAAUGACUGUUACUCCUUUGGAUAUGAACCGCUUUCAGAGUAAAGUUUUCCAUGCUGUGCUCUCACAACACACUGGGCAGGUUUCAGCCUCUCCAGCAGUAGGAAAGCCACUUCAGAAGGAGCCCUCAGCACACCUGGAUACACCAUCAAAAUUUCUGUCUAAGGACAAGCUCUUCAAGCCUUCAUUUGAUGUGAAGGAUGCACUUGCAGCCUUGGAAACUCCAGGAGAUGCCAGUAAACAGAAGAAGAAACUGAGUCCACCACUCUCAGAAGUCAUUGUCAAAAAUUUGAAACUUGCUUUGGCAAAUAGCUCUCGAAAUACUGUUGCUCUUUCUGCCAGCCCUCAGCUGAAAAAUGCCCAAAUGGAGAAGGAAGAAGCUCCAAAGCCACUUCACAAAGUUGUGGUAUGUGUGAGUAAAAAACUCAGUAAAAAGCAGAGUGAACUAAAUGGAAUUGCAGCCUCUCUAGGAGCAGAUUACAGGUGGAGUUUCGAUGAGACUGUGACUCAUUUCAUCUACCAAGGCCGGCCAAAUGAUAGCAACCGAGAGUAUAAAUCUGUAAAAGAAAGAGGAGUACACAUUGUUUCAGAGCAUUGGCUUUUAGAAUGUGCCCAAGAAUAUAAACAUCUUCCAGAAUCCCUUUAUCCUCAUACUUAUAAUCCCAAAAUGAGCCUGGAUAUCAGUGCAGUGCAAGAUGACCGACUCUGUAAUGGUCAAGUACUUUCAGCUGUUUCUGCAGGAAAGGACAAUCAGCUAGAUCAUUUGACUGUAGAAGAAAAUGAUGUAGAUAAUAUGACUGCCAAUAACAAAGAAUCAGCACUGUCAAAUGGAAGUGGAAGGAAUGAUUCUAAAGGAGCUCUGACACAGACCUUGGAGAUGAGAGAGAACUUCCAAAAGCAGCUGCAGGAGAUAAUGUCUGCAACUUCCAUAGUGAAACCCCAAGGUCAGAGGACUUCCCUGUCAAGAAGUGGUUGUAACAGUGCCUCUUCAACCCCCGAGAGCACUCGUUCCACUCGAAGUGGACGGAGUAGAGUCCUAGAGGCGCUGAGGCAGUCUCGUCAAAUAGCACCUGAUGUUAACACAGAGCCCUCCCAAAAUGAACAGAUCAUUUGGGAUGACCCUACAGCUAGGGAGGAGAGAGCGAGGCUUGCCAGCAGUUUGCAGUGGCCUACUUGUUCCACACAGUACUCAGAGCUUCAGGCUGAUGUUAAAAACUUGGAGGAUUCUCCUUUUCAAGAGCCUUUAUGUGAUUCAAAAAUUGCCAGAAAAGCUAUCAGUGAUCCUGAAAACAAAUGUGGGACUGGAGGCCCAAAACACCCAACCUCUGAAGAACUGGAAACUCCAAUAAAAGAUGAUCAUCUGAUCCCUACGCCUCAAGCCCCCAGUAUUGCCUUCCCCUUGGCCAACCCACCAGUGGCUCCACACCCUAGAGAAAAGAUUAUAACAAUCGAAGAGACUCAUGAAGAAUUUAAAAAACAGUACAUAUUUCAAUUGUCAUCUCUGAAUCCUCAAGAACGUAUUGAUUAUUGUCAUCUGAUCGAAAAACUAGGUGGAUUAGUGAUGGAGAAGCAGUGCUUUGAUCCCAGCUGUACACACAUUAUUGUGGGACAUCCACUGCGAAAUGAGAAGUACUUAGCUUCCGUAGCAGCUGGGAAGUGGGUGCUUCACCGUUCCUACCUAGAAGCGUGCAGGACUGCAGGCCACUUUAUUCAGGAAGAUGACUAUGAAUGGGGAAGCAGCUCCAUACUUGAUGUUUUGACCGGCAUCAAUGUACAGCAACGAAGACUAGCACUUGCAGCAAUGAGGUGGAGAAAAAAGCUCCAGCAAAGACAAGAAUCACCCACUGUUGAGGGCGCAUUUAGUGGAUGGAAGGUCAUUUUACAUGUUGACCAGUCCCGAGAAGCAGGGUUCAAACGUCUUCUUCAGUCAGGAGGAGCAAAGGUACUACCUGGUCAUUCUCCACCUUUAUUUAAAGAGGCCACACAUCUUUUUUCUGACUUUAAUAAACUGAAACCAGAUGACUUAAGAAUUAAUAUAGCCGAAGCUGCUGCCCAGAAUGUGUACUGCUUGAGAACAGAAUACAUUGCCGAUUAUCUCAUGCAGGAAUCUCCUCCUCCUGUAGAAAAUUACUGUCUACCAGAAGCUGUUUCAUUUCUCCAGAAUAGUAAGGAACCUGGACCUGGCUUAUCACAGAAGAGGAAAGCUCCUGCAGAGAAGAAUAAAAUCAAGCGGUCUAGAGUACACUGAUACAACUACUCUUAGUUACCAAACAUUAAAUGUUUAAGUUUAUGGCCUGGAUGUUACUGUGAUGGGUUUAUGCAAUAAAGACAACUAUCUAAAGACCUGCCGCAGAAAGUAAUGAUCCCACUUGAAGUUUUUAACAUCUGAAAUGUAAUCACUGAAAUACUGUUCCUUAAUUUAAAAAGUUACCAGUAUUAACAACAAAGUGCACCUCCUUAGCUGUCUUGUUUUUAAAGCACACUGAUGGGUGUAAGGGGCUAUUUUUCUUGUAUCUGAUGCUGUAGCUCAGUGGAGAUUGCACAGUGAUGAGUUUUGCUCCAAAAUAAUCUCCUUUAAUUCUUGAAAACAGAAGUUGUCAAUUGGGUUUUUUCUUCAUGUUUCCCUGAUUUUUAUCUUCUCGUCAUUACCUGUUUAAUAGGCACCUGAGCACAAGGUUAAAGAGGACUCUGGGGCUCUAAAUACAUGUGUUGUAUAUAUGCAUAUUUGUAUAAACCUUCAUGAUGUUUGCCAAGUUUGGGCACCAAAGCUUGAAUAAAGAAUAAAAGCAAUGACUCAAAUUAGUAU